AUGAAAGCUAUCAAAAAUUUUCAUUUAGAUACUGUCGCAACCGACAUUCGUCGUAAUCUGUCCUCAAUAAAUUCUAUGGGUAAGUUGUUUUAUUUAAACAAUGAUACCAAGCAUUUGACUAAAUUGCUUACGGCGGAACGCGGGGUGUGUGAUUCUCUAAGUACUCUUACAUAUGAACAAAAUGAAACUGCAAAAUAUCUUAGUAUUUGGGGGAAAAGCGAAGGUGCCGAUUUAAGUGAUAUUACCGAGAAAUUAGCUAUUUUAAUUGCAAAGUUGUCGGAAUCCGAAGGUACUCUUGCAAAACGUUACGCUCAGUAUCGUGGACAUUUAAAAGAUAUUCGUUCACGUGAAGAAACAAUGAGAGAGCAGCGACUCAAGAAGGAAUCACUUUGGAAUAAAAUCGAAAAAGAAGAGCGAAAGGCUUCCCAUUCAAAACGUCCCGAAGUUGCUGAACAAAAGCUUAAAGAUUUUCAGAAGGAAUUGGAAAAGGUCGAUAGAGAAUCGCUUGAAGCAGAUUUUAAACGUCAAAAAUUACAAACAGCAUUAUUACUUCAAUUAGACGCUUUUCUUGAGUUUGGUGAAAAGUUGAUAAUAAUAGCUAAUAAUAGUAAGGACAUUGUUGAACAGAUUUCAACGGAAACAACUACACCUGGCGAGUCCAGGAAGACAUAUACAGGUUAUGAGAAAACAUCACAGGCUAUUUCGAAUGCUACUGUAGCACUUUCCACAUGGACUCCUAAACCUCGGUUAAAUGAUUCAAUUCCGAUCAGUACUACAACAACAACUUCGGAUAUAGACCUAUCCUCAUCUAUCCCACCAUCUGGACUUAUUGUGCCUACACCACCUACUCUCGACUCUUCAAUUCGAAACUCUACAAGUGGAUCUCCUUUAACUGAUGAUGAUUCAAAUGAAGCAGACCAUAGUGAUUUGGAUCAUUCUGAAAUAGAAACAGAAAGUCCUAGAUAUAAAGGUGCUCAAUCAACCGAAAUCAAACAAGAUUUCAAAGGAACGUCAAUAAUAGAUAAUGAAAAAAAUGAAAAUGAAUCUGAACCUGAUGUUUUUUCAUCAAUCCCAAGACCUCCCACACCACCUAAAGUCAAAAUUGUAUCGACCGAUGAUUCGGAACAGGAAAAACCGCCUUCAAUAAGGGAACCAACUAUUAAUGAAAAUAAUGAAAAUAAUCAAACACUGUCACAAGAAUCAGCUGAAAACUCUCAUGAAAAACUUGCAAUACCUUCAGCUACAAAAACCAAACCACAUAAACAAAAAGAUUUGAAAUAUGUACACUUUAGUGACGUUGAAGACGAAAUUCCAUAA